AUGGAAGUUAAACCGAUAAAAACAACACUACAAGAGUUAAAACAAAUUCAAAAGAAAUAUAAAACAUACUCCGAGUCACCAAAUAAUGAUCGUUUAACAUCCCCAGAGAAAAUUUUAAAUGUUUACACUGGUCAAUUACAAUUAACAACAACAUCCACAACGGUUGUUGAAAAACCAAAUGUUAUAGAUAGUGAAAAACUCUCCUGUCAAAUUUAUGAAAAACUUUUACUGGAAUAUUUUGCAAAUGGAUUAAACAAUACUGACUUACUUCCAUUAGAUUCUUAUGAUCUUUUGAAAAGAAUUGCUAUUUGGCAGACGACAUAUAAGAUUACAUUUACUAAUUCUUCGUUGAAUAAGCUUGAAAUUGCUUUAAAGUCCUUAUCAAAUAUAUGGGGCCCUGGCAUUAUAUUAGCCAAAGAUAAAAAUAUAAAUUCAAAAAAGAGACUUGUUGUAGAAAAAGUAGAUAUCAAAAAAUUGGGUGUUAUAAAAAUAAUUCAAAGUGCAAUAGAUUCAGAUAAUCCUUCAUUAUUAGAAAAGGCCUUACAACUGAAGGCACCUGCUAUUACUACGGCUACAAAAGGUGCCAAGAAACGUAAAUUAGAAGAAGAUCCAAUUGAUGACGAAGAAUUUGCAAAAGAAAUAAAUGAACUUCUUGAAAAACCGACUUUUAUCGAAGCUGAACAAAAUAAUUUACUUCAGGAUUUAUGCGUUAUGCUUAAUAAAAAAUCUUCCAAGGAUCAGCUAAUUAUGGAAAUGUUUCAUUCUACAAAUAAUUAUUUCCGAGAAUUUUGUGUUCAUGGAACUAAAACAGAUUGUAAAAAAAAUCGUAAAACUGCUCGAGCAUGUAAUAGGCUACAUUUUCGACCAAUGCUUCGCCCACAUACUGAAUUGGAACUCGGGGAUUGCUCGUAUUUAAACACUUGUCAUCGAAUGGACACGUGUAAAUAUGUUCAUUACGAAUUGGAUGAUGAUGAAGAAAAAUGGGCAUUUGUUCAACGCAAUGAAAUUCCAUCUGGUGUGGUAUUCACACCACCAACAAAAGUGUUGCCCCCUCAAUGGAUAAAUUGCGAUGUACGUAAAUUUGAUUUUUCCAUAUUAGGUAAAUUCACCGUUAUCAUGGCAGACCCUCCAUGGGAUAUUCAUAUGACGCUUCCAUAUGGAACCAUGACUGAUGAUGAAAUGAAAGCAAUGGCAAUAUCAGAAUUACAAGAUGAAGGGUUGAUAUUUUUGUGGGUUACUGGUAGAGCAAUGGAAUUAGGAAGAGAAUGUUUGGCUAUUUGGGGUUAUGAUCGGGCUGAUGAAUUGGUAUGGAUCAAGACUAAUCAAUUACAACGACUAAUAAGAACAGGUCGGACUGGUCAUUGGUUAAACCAUAGUAAGGAACAUUGCCUUGUCGGAAUUAAAGGAAAUCCAGAAGGUUUAAAUUGGGGUCUUGACUGCGAUGUAUUGGUUGGUGAGGUUCGUGAAACAAGUAGAAAACCAGAUGAGAUUUAUGGUAUAAUUGAUCGAUUGGCACCAGGAACAAGAAAAUUAGAAAUAUUUGGAAGACAACAUAACACAAGACCUGGUUGGAUGACACUUGGAAAUCAAUUAGAUGAUGUAAGAUUAUAUGAACCAGAAUUGGGUAAAGAACGUUAUUCUAAGCAAGAAUUAGUUGGUAGGGGUGCUUAUGGUUCUGUAUAUAAAGGGAUUGAUAAUGAGACAAAUGAAGUUGUAGCAAUAAAAGUUUUAAAUUUAGAUGCAGAAGAAGAUGAUGUAGACGAUAUAAUAAAAGAAAUCAAUUUAUUAUCACAACUAAAGCAUGAAUCGCAAAAUAUAACUAGAUAUUAUGGAAGUUUUCUUCAUGGAACAAAAUUAUGGAUUAUUAUGGAGUAUGCAGCUGGUGGAAGUAUUAGAACUUUGAUGAAGUCUGGAAGAAUAGAAGAAAAAUACAUAUCAAGUAUCACUAAAGAGGUAUUACAAGCAUUAAUUUAUUUGCAUAAAUGUAAAAUAAUUCAUAGAGACAUUAAAGGAAAAGUUCAAUUAUGUGAUUUUGGAGUAGCAGGACAAUUAACUGCAUCUUCAUCAAAAAGGACAUCGUUCGUUGGUACACCAUAUUGGAUGGCACCGGAAGUGAUUAUUGAGGGUGCAACCUAUGAUAUGAAAGCUGAUAUAUGGUCUUUAGGAAUUACUGUAUAUGAAAUUGCUACAGGAAAUCCACCUUAUCAUGAUCAAAGCGCAAUGAGAGCAAUACAAUUGAUUCCAAGGAAUCCACCAGCCCAAUUAGAGGGUCCUUAUUCAAUACCUUUAAAGGAAUUUGUUUCGUUAUGUCUUAACGAAUGCCCUGAACAACAUCAAAAUGGGAUAUUAAGAGAUCUCAUUGCGAGAUUUGAUUUAUGGAAACAAACAACAGGGUAUCGUCAAUCAUUUUCAGAUCCAUAUGGAACACCUUCGAGUGAUUCUUGUGAUAUUGGAGAUAAUGACGACGAUGAGGAUGCUUGGAUUUUCGAUACAGUGCAAAAUACGGCGAAUACAGCGAUACAUCGUAAAUCACAUUCUUUAGGAUCACUUGCAACAACAUUAUCAUUUCCAACACCACCAACGACAUCAACACUACAAUCACAACAAAAUGCUAGUUAUGGGCGUAUAACAAACAAUGACGAGAAGUUAUCGCCGAAAAGAUACACAUAUUCACGGAAAUAUUCAGAAAAUCAACAUCCGCUUUUACAACUAUUUAACAACGAUGAUCGAAAACAAGAUUAUAAUAAUUCAUUGUUUUCAAAUGAACAUUCCGAAAGUCCUAUAAUAUCCAUACCAUCAGAUUAUAAUGAAGUUAUUUAUUUAUUUAAUUCACAAUAUUCCUCCUUUAGCCAAUCAAAAAAUUCAUUUUCAAUGGAAAAUGGAUUGACUAACAACAACAAUAAUAACAAUCUGAAUAAAUCAACAGACUCGUCAUCAAGCAUACUAAAAAAUGCUCAACAAACUCAAGGUUCGAAUGGAUUAUUAUUAUUAUCUAGUGUCAAACCAAUUACUAACAAAGAAGAUAGUGGGUAUUUUUCGUUUCGACCACAUGCAAAAUCGAGUCAAUUGAUUAGAAUGAAUUCAGAGAAAUCGAUGGGUCAGAUAACUAAUAAUAUUUGCCUAUUAACGCCUCCAACAUCAAUACAUAUGAACCACAAAUCAAGUUCGUCUGGUUCAUCGACAGAUAGUAAUAGAUCUAAUAAUUGUAACGAGGUUACCAACAACAACCUUAGUAAUAGCAAUAAUAAUAAUAGUGGUAGCAAUUUAAAUCCAUCAUAUCCUUCAUCACCUAGUAAAAAAGGAUUUAAAAUUAUGAUGCCAGUAAGACAUGGAAGGGGUAGGCAGUAUCCAUCAUCACAUCAUGCAAGAAGAGUUAGAUCAGCAACAACUUUAAAUCAAACCAAUAGACCUAAUACAGAAGAAUUAAUAGGGCAAAACAGUUUGGGAGUUUAUAUGCAAAGACAAAGAGCCACCAGUAUUGGUGGAGGCAAUAUACAAAAAUCACCAAAAGCCAAACCAAUUUUUGCAAUACAAUCAUCACAGAUAAUAAAGGAUGGGCCAGAGUUAAGACAAUUAAAAAUGGAUAAUUAUCGUGGCACUAAUGAAGUAUAUGAAGAUUUGUCAAAAACUACAGAUGAUUUUUUACAAUGGAUGUUAUUAUUAGAUGCUGGGAUCAAUCAACUUUUAACAAGGUUUUAA